AUGAGUUCCUGGGAAGACGGAUGGUUGGUCCAUCUCAAUAAGAAGCAUAUUCCAGAAGUGAAUGUAUACCCCAAUGUUUCAGUUUUUAACCGAAAAUUGUACACGUUUGGCGAGAAAGGGGAAGUUUUUGUCAAGUUCUCCUAUAUUGAUGACACAAUUGCAUCAUACGAUGAAGUGACAUAUUUGGAUACGAAACUGUGUGUUUUCAGGGUGAGCCAGAAUGAGUAUAUUAUCACAGUGUUCACUGAAUCUGGAGAGGAGGUAGCUGUUGUAGGAAAACUAAACGACAGGUACGUUACGAAGAAUAACUUGAACCAGUAUGAUGUGGUGAUCAGAGAUGUCAACGACUAUAAAGUUGUUCCUUUGUCGAAGGUUUAUGACCCAGAGCAGCUUAAACCAGACGAUUUCUUCAAAUGUGCGAAGAGCAGGAUUGUGAACAACUUCGACCAGUACAUAAAGGAUAUUAGAGAUCCAUGA